AUGCCAUCGUCCCGGUCAAGCACUAAAGUGAUAGUUGUUGGUGGUGCCGGUACCAUCGGCUCAUCCACGGCUCUACACCUUCUAAGGAAUGGAUAUACGGCCUCGAAUAUUACGGUACUCGAUACCUUUGAGAUACCCUCAGCACAGUCUGCUGGUAAUGACCUGAACAAGAUCAUGGGUAUCCGACUACGCAAUCCCGUCGAUGUUCAAUUGAGCUUAGAGGCACGAGACGGCUGGACCAAUGAUGAGGUGUUCCAACCAUAUUUCCACAGAACAGGAAGACUCGAUUGUGGAUCUACUCCGGAGGAAAUCGAGGGUCUCAAAAAAGCUUACAAGAAAAGUAUCAACGCUGGUGUGGGAUUGGAGAAAACCACUUUCUGGUUGGAAACUGAAGACGAAAUCUUGGAGAAGAUGCCCUUGUUAGAUCGAGAACAGAUCAAGGGCUGGCAAGCGAUUUGGUCAUCAGAUGGAGGAUGGCUGGCGGCUGCCAAAGCUAUCAAUAGUAUCGGGAAUGUAUUGAAGAAAGAAGGCGUGAACUUCGGCUUUGGAGGAGCCGGUUCGUUCAGAGCUCCGUUAUUUGCAGAAGAUGGCACCACAUGUGUGGGUGUGGAAACAGUAGAUGGAACGAAAUACUUUGCAGAUAAGGUCGUAUUAGCUGCAGGUGCCUGGAGCUCUACUUUGGUGGAUCUUGAGGAUCAAUGUAUCUCCAAGGCUUGGGUUUACGCGCAUAUGCAGUUGACACCUGAAGAAGCGAAGGAGUACAAGGAUGUUCCUGUUGUGUACAACGGCGCUUUGGGCUUCUUCUUCGAGCCGAACGAGUACGGCGUGAUCAAAGUGUGCGAUGAGUUCCCCGGUUUCACACGGUUCAAAGAGCAUCAACCUUAUGGAGCUUCUGCUCCGAAGAAGGUUUCCGUCCCUCGGUCCCACGCCAAACAUCCUACAGAUACCAUUCCCGAUGAGUCUGAGGCAAGCAUUGGUCGGGCGGUAGACGCCUUCUUGCCUCGUUUCAAGGACAAGAAGCGAUUCAAUCAAGCUUUAUGCUGGUGUACGGAUACUGCCGAUGCAAAUCUGUUGAUUUGUGAACAUCCAAAAUGGAAAAACUUCGUGCUAGCGACAGGUGAUAGCGGUCACUCCUUCAAACUUCUUCCAAGUAUCGGAAAACACGUUGUGGAGCUUCUAGAAGGCAACUUGGCGGAGGACCUGGCCAAUUCAUGGAAAUGGCGACCAGGAUCCGGCGAUGCUCUCAAGUCCAUACGAGCUGCUCGAGCUCGCGAUUUGGCGGAUCUUCCUGGAUGGAACCAUGAUGACAAGACCGACUCGCUUGCAACGUCAGUGGGUCGCUUAGAGAUAUCUAAGGAAGAAACGGCUAAGACUGGCGCUGGCUGCACCGCCGAGAUAUAG